AAACAACUAGCAAAAAAGUUUUCAGUCUGGAGUAUUGACUCGUGGGCAACAGACCCCCUUCUGGCAGAAAGCAGUUCAACCAACAGCAACAGUUGGAAACUAAAUACCAAAGUUUAUUUGUUCCUCUUAAAUCGCAACAGCAAAUUAACAGACAGUGUUUAGGAAAUUCGAUAUUUUCUGAAAAUGGGCGCCAACGAUUCCAACAUGACACAACAAGGCCAAGCCUUCGAUUCCAAUGCCAUGACCCUGACACGUUUUGUGUUGCAGGAACAGCGUAAAUUCAAAAAUGCCACCGGCGAUUUGUCGCAGCUUUUGAAUUGCAUUCAGACCUCGAUCAAAGCCAUUGCCUCGGCUGUGCGCAAGGCUGGUAUUGCUAAAUUGCAUGGUAUUGCCGGCGAUGUCAAUGUUCAAGGUGAAGAGGUCAAGAAAUUGGAUGUUCUGUCCAAUGAGUUGUUCAUCAAUAUGUUGAAGUCCUCGUACACCACCUGUUUGAUGGUCUCCGAAGAAAAUGAAAAUGUCAUUGAAGUCGAAACAGAGAAACAGGGCAAAUACAUUGUCUGCUUUGAUCCCUUGGACGGUUCUUCGAAUAUUGAUUGCCUGGUCUCCAUUGGCUCCAUUUUCUCGAUUUUCCGCAAGAAAACCGAAGGUGCCCCCACCGUACAAGAUGCCUUGCAACCUGGUCGCGAAAUUGUUGCUGCCGGUUAUGCUUUGUAUGGCUCAGCUACCGCCAUUGUCUUGAGUUUGGGUGCCGGUUCCGGUGUAAAUGGUUUCACUUAUGAUCCUGCCAUUGGUGAAUUCAUCCUGACUGAACCCAAUAUGCGUGUACCCGAAAAGGGCAAAAUCUAUUCCAUUAACGAAGGUUAUGCCUCCGACUGGGAAGCUGGUGUCUUCAAUUAUAUUGCUGCCAAAAAGGACCCCACCAAGGGUAAACCCUAUGGGGCUCGUUAUGUUGGCUCUAUGGUUGCCGAUGUCCAUCGUACCAUUAAAUACGGCGGUAUUUUCAUCUAUCCCGCCACCAAAUCGGCACCAAAUGGCAAAUUGCGUUUGUUGUACGAGUGCAAUCCCAUGGCCUAUUUGAUGGAACAGGCCGGUGGUUUGGCCAGCAAUGGUAAAAUUCCAAUUUUGGAUAUUGUUCCCCAAAAGAUCCACGAAAGAUCACCCAUAUUUUUGGGUUCAAAAUUGGAUGUGGAAGAAGCCUUGAGUUAUUAUCAAAAAGCUUAGGAGGUUGUAAAAUGGUUAUAAGGAUUACUCAGACAUACACACACAAUUAUUGUGAUUAUUUUAAGACUUUGUGUUUUUUUAUCUCUUCAUUUUCAUUAACUUAAAAAUAUUUUUUAUAAAAAUAAAAAUUAAAAAAAAACAAA